UGAUGUUUAAAUAAAAAGAAAACAAUAUAUAUAUAUAACUGAGAAAUUAUCAAAGCACUUAUUCAUAUCUAUAUAGAAUGAUAUUUUGUUACGUUGGUCUAAUAACAGUUUUACUGACUACAUUGGUACAAGCGGUGACUGAUUCAAAUAUAGAAAAAAUAUAUCAAUAUGAUUGCGCUACAUAUAAAGCAGAUAUUAAACAACAUCCGGACGACAAGUACAGAUACGUAUUAGAGUUGGUGGGUUCGAAUAAACGGAUGGUAGUGGAAAAUUCAAAUACAGUGGAAUUGUGUAAAAUACCAAUGUGUAAAGAGAUAGUUCUAAAAUACGAGAUCUCUAAGAAGAAAAAGAAUGACAUCGAUUUCGAAAUAAUCUUCUCAAAGGAAUAUAAAAAAUCUUUAGAAGCACCUAAACUCACUGCAAUGAAUGCACGUUUCGAUGGUGACAAGAAUGCUAUUAUUAACUGGAAACUUCAAGAUUACGAAAACUGCAAGGAAAAAGAAUUACAAUUCGCUCUAUUUGGCGAUAAAACGGUUCUUCAGAUGGCUAAAGGAGAAGAAAUCCGGGUUCCAUUUUUAACAUCAGGCAAUACCUACACCGUAUACGCUUUCCCAAAUCACGUGGACACUGAAACCAAGGUGUUCACAUCCACUGGGUUUGAUAUCAGAGUUCCUUAAAUACAUGCCUCAAUGGUGAUGAUGAUGAUGAUGAUGAUGUGA